GAUCUUAUUAGGGGCAACUUACGCUGGUGUUUAUUAAGUAAGCUUGGAUUUGUGCCCUUAUUUACGGUAAGAACAAUAUGAUGAGAGGAUGAACUUGAAAUUUGCCCUGAUUUUUCUUGUUAAUCAAAUGUCUAAUGUAGUUUUUUUUAACGCACCUAGAAGAUGUCUAACUUAUUUUCAAGUGCAGAUUGUAAUUUGUAAAUUUCUCGCUUUCUUGUUCUCAGGAGAACCAGAAGAUUGUAACACACGUGGUAAAUACAGAUCAGAACCUCACAAUAUGUAUGGUCAGCGAGUUGUGUUUAUAUGGUUUAGGUCUUUAAAGAAUAGGAUUCCACUAGUUAGCACCAUUGUUGUUUCAUAUUUGGCAUGUCAUAUUGCCAGGGAAGCCAUCAUGCCAUCAGACAUAAUUAAGUGGGCACGUGAAGGGAGGCUUCCAUAUUUAUCUGCUUUUGUUGAAAUUGAAAAGCGUAUGAAACAUCCAUCAAUUGCAUGUCCUAUCAGUUCAAGUUAUAUGUUCAGGCCAAAGCGAGCUCUUUUUGUUUAUAAACUAGAGUCACAUGCCUCGUCAAUUGCCCAGUUUAUAGGCUUAGAGUUACCUCCUGUUAACUUUUAUGCAUUAGCUUAUCGUUAUCUUGAAAAGUUAUCUCUUCCUGUUGAAAAGAUUCUUCCAUAUGCAUGUCGCAUUUAUGAAUGGUCGAUGCCUCCAGAUUUGUGGCUAUCGUUAUCCAAGGAUUAUUUUAGACUACCUACUCAUGUUUGUGUUGUCUCGGUUCUGGUAGUAGCAAUAAGGAUUUUUGCCAAAGAUUCAGCCAAAAAUCCAGCAGAACAUCGAAAACACGAUUUGGAUUGUGCGGGGCUUCUCCAACACCUUCACGCAACAUAUAAAGAGAUUGCAGACAGCAGUGGUAAAGUUUGUUUACUUGCAGUAUUAUCUUGUUGA